AUGGCUCAGUUCCCUUUCCUUUUCGGGCGAGUUCUGCUCCCAGCUCGCUGGGUAGUCUUGCUGUUUGGUGUCUCCGUUUCAUCUUGGCUCACACCUCUCUCAGAUGGCGCCAGCGGCUGCGGUUUCCUUCAAAGACCGGCAGUCCCGCUGCUGUCGGCUGGAGCUGUGUAUGUUUCCACGCUCACGCGAGGCCUGUCUCCUUCUGUGUUUUCCUACCGGUUUCAAAGAAGUGGAGCGCAAUCUCUUCGUCAUUCCCCUCUAUACGAGGACAUUUCUUCGAAAGAGGCUGUCUUGAACAUGCGAGAAUGCUAUUCUCUUGGCAAACAGCCCGCCGACUCCACAGCGUGUCACGGAGGCGCGUCGACUGUGGCUCCCCGCGGGGCACCCGGAGCGAACGUCAACCUUCGAGCAACUUCCGCACUGCAGCCUCCGAAGAAAGGUUUUCCCCGCGCAACGCCUUUACCGUGUGCCCAUUUAUUUUCAUCUCUGUCGCGAUUUUCGGCGGCUUCUCCCCUGUCAGCUGUGCGCACGCUGCGUGUGGCGCCGCGGAGUCUUGCUUUGCGCGUGUUUAGUUUGGCGCUGAGGAAUGGGCGUCUCGCUGACCUAUCCGAGAACCGAGGCGACAGCUCUUCAUCUUUUUUGCUGCUGGAUAGCUCCAGCAGCGAACUGCAGAAAGCCUGCGCAGACAGCGCGGCUGCGCGGGCGGGAACAGAUCCGCAGACCGCCAGCGGGGCUUCAUGGACAGAACUUCCUUCAAAAGAGCGUAGACAGAGGGAGCUCGUUUCCGCCAUCCUCCGGACUAUCCCGGUUUACACUGUUGUGCUCAAAGAGACGCAGCAGCUCGUGCCUGCAUUUUUUCCUUCGCAUCCGGCGGGGGGAGCAGAAUCACCACAUCGCGAGCCCAGAGAGCAGGAAGCGGCCCACGGCAAGGGGAAAGGCAGACGGAAUAUGAGACAGGAGUUAGAGAAGUUGUUGUCUGAACAGGUGAAGACCCUCGAAGACCUCGAGCGAAGGAAAGGAGUGAGCAAGGCGAGAGGCUUAGGCCUCUUCUUCCUGAGCCCGCGCGACGCUGCAGCUUAUCUGAAACACGUUCAGUCGCAGCGCGCAGGAGAGGGCUCAUCGCUUCACGGCGGGAGAAGACCCCCAUUGUUGGAAAUUGCGACCACCUCGCUGGCCAGCGUCUAUCCUCUUCUUCUACCGCCCUACCCCACUGAUCUUCCUGCGCAGUUGACCGCGGCUGCUUCCGCAUCUCGCACAGGCUCAGGACCGGACGGCCGUUGGCUCGGGCUUGGCGCGCUACGGAGAGUUUUUUUCGGGUGGAAAGAUGCAGCGGAGACGCCGGGAGCCUGGGGGAGCAGUCAAGACGGCGCAGAAACCCCGUAUCUUUUCUCACGCUUCGUCCUCGUUCCGGACACGUCCCAGCUUGACGCUCUGCUCGCAGAAGAGGGAUCUGAGUCGUCCUUUGUUGGUACCCCGUUGUUCUACGUCUCACACACACCACGAAUCCCUUGGAGUCUCCUCUCGAAAACUAUGCCGGGUGCGUCCGCGCCGUUUUCGCUCUACCUGAGUCGAGAGGACGCGGAGCGCGCGCGGUGUGCCGCGGGGCAGAAGGCACGCGACGGCGCAGACGGGCUGCCCUGGUGGAGGCGACUGCGGCGAAGGCCGCUCGCUGUCUACCACACGUCUCUCGAAGCGUUUCUAGAGUCUUUUGUGGCCAGAGCUGUCGCUUCCUCACCUCGUGACGCGCCGGCAUCCGCCCUGCCCUUCCUGCUCGUGCCUGCAUUUGAUAGCUUUGCGCGAACUCUGGCAGAAGAACGUGUGAAGAGACCGGGAGACCUGCUCGAGGGGGGGGAGGCUUCUCCUUCUUUGCGCCUGUGA